AUGAGCGCCCCAAAGACGGUCGAAAUUGCAAAAUCACUGCCGCCGCGCCUACUGCGCUUCUUCCAAAAGUACCCUCCGCCUGCGCUGUUCCCUGAUCUCACAUCCCCACUUUCAAAUCCAUCGCAACCGGCGGCCAACACAAUAUCAACCACCCCGCCCACCGACGCCGAUGCCUCAAUUAACGAGAUUUCGGCACAAAAUAACACACCAAUUCCCUCAAGCGCACCCCAAAACUCAAACAUACCGCCAGAAGCGCACCAACUUCCCUACCCAAACCCUUUCCUCCCCCACAAGAACUUCACAACCGGACGAUGGCAGAGCCCCGCCUAUGGACUGCGCAAGCAAGCCGCCCUGGUGAAGCUUGCUUCUGAGCAUGGUGUUGUCGAUCUGCUACCGUGGACUAUCAAAAAGCCGGGUGAGAAGGAGCGACAGAGGGUGGAGAGGGGUCUGCAAGUCAAGGGCACGGGCGAGGGACAAAAGGUCAAGGGAAAGCUGUGGGAAAGAACACUCAAGGGCCGCCUAGAGAUGAGGCGACAGGCUAUGCUGAACAUGCCUGCCUUGAUUCAGGAAUGGAAGCAAAAGGGACACGGCAGGGGAUGGAAAAAGUGGCCGAGUGGCAAGGCAAAAUAAGUCUAUCCAUGUUUGAGUGGUGGUGGGCAGCUUCAAUUCUUUAUUUUCAAUACCCACAUGUACAAUGUAUGAAUCAAAUCCAUUCCAUUGACGCAACAAAACAUGGGACGACGUUGGCUGGAAGUCUGAUCAAGAUAAAAAAAAACAAUUGCUAAUUGGGUAUCCUU